AUGGUCGCGCCAUCUGCUACCCUGUCCGUUCUGAACCGCGCCGACGGGUCGGCUUCCUACCAGUGUCCUUCGACCGGCUCCAAUAUUCUAGGCUCCGUCAACGCACCUGUCGAGCUCCCCGGUCGCCGUGACGCUCUCAAGCCCGAAGAUGCGACCAUCGAAGUCUUCGUCAAGCCGGGCACUGCUCCCGCGGGAGUUGGAGAACGCUAUGUGGAGGGAAUUCUCAAGACACUGCUGGGGCGAGUGAUCCUGGGACGCGAGAAGGGCUAUCCGCGUCGUGGGGUGGUUAUCACGCUGGCUAUCAUUGGUGGUGAGAGUGUCGGUAGAGGGGAUCCGUAUCUGAUUCUGCUCCCCGCGCUCCUCCACACUGCACUUCUGGCUCUCUUAUCAGCAUCCGUGCCUUUGUCGAUGACCUUCUCUGCCACGGUCCUGGCCGUCGACGAGUCGGGGCAGAUCCGCCGGGAACCUUCCGCGGAGGAUGCAGCCACCGCGCAGUCCGUCCACGUCCUCGCUUUCUCCUCGAAGGGCCAUCUGCUGCUGAACGAAAGCCAGGGAUCAUUUGACUUUGACACGUGGGACAAGGUGCGCCAGCGCGCCUCGGCCAUCUGCCAUGGAACACAACUGGUCAGCGCUGACGGCGAUGUUGCAAUGGCGGAGGAUGUUGAUGGCCGGCCACUGGAGGGAACCCUGCGGGAAACUGUCGAGGACCAGGUCUAUCGCGACUACAACUGGAAGAUCAACGCUGCUUGA